GUUCCUUAAUUUCUAUUCCUUCAGUUUUGGGGAAGUGGACGCUAACAGGUGGUUAUGCUGUGAUGCCCAUGGCUGUGGUGAUGAAGGGAGGGGGGGGAUUUCCGUUUCUAGGGAGGAAGAUAGGUAAAAGUCUUACGAUGACGCUCGUGGAAUCCAGUCCAAAGUACUGUAUCGGAGGCUGCUUGAUUCUUGGAGUCCAGACCUAGCCUGGUUUGAUAGGUGGCAGAGGAAGAAAACAGCUGGAUUUUUUUUUUAAACCGAUCUCCUGAUGUAACUGUGUUUACAGCUUUCCUGGCAGCACCCAGGGGGAGCUUUAGUGUCACCACUGAACCUCUGGUUCUCAGUCCCUGGGCUCUGGGAAGGAGUGUGUGGGGCUGGGGGCCCUCACCCCAUCACCUCGUGGCAGCUGGGCCGCGCGUCCACGCCGCUCUUUCCGGUUGGCCCCGGCGACGACAGGUGAGGCGCGGCAGAGCGCCGGCUGCACAGCCUGCGGGGCCAGACGCCCGCGCUCUGCGCCGUCGGCGUCCGCGAGCUGGAGGAGGAGGGUCCCAGCGGCGGCGGCGAGAGCCCCCUGAAGAGGGACGACCGGCAGGCGGGAAGUCUUCCCCGCACGGGGGCGCUGCCACCUGCCCGGAGGAGGAGCCAGAGCGGGACCCGGUUUUUCGCUGCUCCAACGCACUGGAGUCGGGAGAACCCAUCCGGAUCAUGAAGGGCUGCAGAGGUAUCGAGAACCCGGCUUUCGUCGCCUCCAGUCCAGACACCCCGCGCCGUUUGUGUGCAUCGCCCUCUAACGUCGAGGUCUCUGUCUUGUCCACCAAUACCCGGAGAGAGGAUUCGCAGCCACAGGAGCCUCAGGACCCCCAGAAGUCCCCGGAGCCACCUCUGUCUUCAGUAACUCCCGCUGGCUCCCAGGAGCGGCCCCGGCCAGAGUCACUGUCCGAGUUUGAGGAGGGGCCCUGCGGGUGGGGGACCUUCCAACCUCAAUGCCUCCAGCGCUGCAACACGCCCCAGGGCUUUCUGUUUCACUACUGCCUCUUGGCCCUGACGCAAGGUAUUGUAGUAAAUGGCCUGGUAAAUAUUAGCAUUUCCACUAUUGAGAAGCGCUAUGAAAUGAAGAGUUCUCUGACGGGCUUGAUAUCAUCAAGCUAUGAUAUCUCAUUCUGUUUAUUGUCUUUAUUUGUAUCGUUCUUCGGUGAAAGAGGACACAAACCAAGAUGGCUUGCAUUUGCAUCCUUUAUGAUAGGAUUGGGAGCACUUGUAUUUUCAUUGCCAAAAUUUUUUAGUGGAAGAUACCAGUUGGGUUCCCUUUUUGAAGAUACUUGCCUAACACCAAAGAAUAGAACCAGUUGUACCACUUCAAGUUCUUCACUUUUCAACUACUUGUAUGUCUUUAUUUUGGGACAACUGUUGCUGGGAGUAGGAGGAACUCCUCUGUAUACUCUGGGAACAGCCUUCAUUGAUGAUUCUGUGCCCACACACAAAUCUUCUCUCUAUAUAGGAAUUGGAUAUUCCAUGUCAGUAUUAGGCCCUGCUGUUGGCUAUGUGUUGGGAGGACAGUUGCUAACCAUGUACAUUGAUGUUGAUUUGGGACAAAGCACUGAUAUCACUGAGGACGACCCACGAUGGUUGGGGGCGUGGUGGAUUGGAUUUCUUAUGUCUUGGUUCCUUGCUUGGUCUUUGAUAAUACCUUUUUCUUGCUUUCCAAAGCAUUUACCAGGUACGGCAGAAAUUCAAGAUGGAAAAACUUCCCAGACUCAUCAGAGUAAUUCCUUACAAAAUACAGAUGGGAAUUUUGGACAAAGUUUUAAAGAUUUUCCAGCUGCUCUAAAGAAUUUGAUGAGGAAUACUGUCUUUAUGUGUUUAGUUCUAUCAACUUGUUCAGAAGCCUUAGUUACUACUGGAUUUGCUACAUUUUUACCUAAAUUUAUAGAAAAUCAAUUUGGAUUGUCUUCUAGCUCUGCAGCUACCCUUGGAGGGGCUGUUUUAGUUCCUGGAGCUGCUCUUGGUCAGAUUUUAGGUGGUGUCCUUGUUUCAAAAUUCAAAAUGACGUGUAAAAACAUAAUGAAGUUUGCUUUGCUCACAUCCGUAAUUGCACUUACGCUGAGUUUUGUAUUUCUUUAUGCCAACUGUGAAAAUGAGCCAUUUGCGGGUGUGUCUGAAUCAUAUAAUAGGACAGGAGAACUGGGGAACCUGACCGCUCCUUGUAACGCCAAUUGUCACUGCCUGCGGUCCUAUUAUUACCCUCUCUGUGGAGGAGAUGGAGUCCAGUAUUUCUCUCCCUGCUAUGCAGGUUGUACGAAUUCCGUUUCCAAAAGACAUCCCAAGGUAUAUUAUAACUGCUCGUGUAUUGAAAGGAAAAUAGAAAUAACACCUACUCCAUCAGGUUUUGCUUUUGAAGCUAAAGCAGGAAAAUGUCCAACUCGAUGUGCAAACCUGCCCAUAUUUCUUGUCAUUUUCUUUGCUACAAUUGUGUUUACCUUUAUGGCUGGUACUCCUAUAACUGUGUCCAUCCUAAGGUGUGUUAAUCAUAAGCAGCGGUCUCUAGCAUUAGGAAUACAGUGUAUGUUGCUUCGAAUAUUAGGCACAAUACCUGGACCCAUUAUAUUUGGCAUCACAAUAGACAGCACGUGUAUUCUCUGGGAUAUUAAUGAAUGUGGAAUUAAAGGAGCUUGCUGGAUUUAUAAUAACAUCAGGAUGGCCCAUAUGCUAGUGGCCAUAAGUGUUACUUGUAAAGUUAUCACCAUUUUCUUCAUUGGGUUUGCAAUCUUUUUGUAUAAACCACCACCGUCAGGCACAGAUGUGCCCUUUCUAGAUCAGAAUACGGUUGUGACUACAGUUCCAUUAGAAUGUGACCUCAAGAAAAUAGGAAAUGAAGACUGAAACAGAAAGAGAAGACUAUUCUACAGCUUGAUCAAAAACUGGCCUCCAUUUGUAAGAAUGGAUGUUGUCACUGUAGGUUUGAUACCCAAUAUGGAUAAUCAUAUUUUUUAAAUUGAUAUUUUAUAAUUAAAUAUGUUUUCUGUAUAUGUAUGGACUCUUACUUGGUUUUGUUUUAAUCUAAGAAACAUACCUGUGCCUUCAAAACCCAUCAAAAACCUCAACACACACACAAACACACACAUACACACACACACACAUCGAGGUAUGAAAUCUUCAAAUAAAAAACUGUACUAGAAAGAAAAAGCCAAUGAUUAAUUAAAAGUUUACAUUUUAAAAACAAAGUGAUGUUUCUAUCCCUCUUACAACUUGUUUUAUUUUAAUUAUUAUUGCCAGUAUUUGGGCUUGUUUAGAAAAUUUAUGGUGUAAAAAUUCAAAUUCAUCAAGUUUAUGUGCUGAGUUUCAAGAACUCUUACUGAUAGACCAUGAAUUUAAAGCUGCCUAAAUAAUGUUAUUUGUUUUUAAAUUUACAUAUACUAGUCUGUCCUUGAUUUAUCACAGAAAGUUACUAAACUAUUAGAAUAUAGGUUAAUUACCUUCUUGUAUCCCAGUACAUAUUGAAUUCUGAGACAUUAGCAUUGUAUACAGAUAUUUUCACUUUAAGUCAAGAAUUCCAGGAGGUGAUUUGUUGAUACUGCUGAUUUUUAACACUUACCUUUUAUUAUUCUGUGAUAGUAUUAUUCAACUGCAUGUCUUCCAGAGGAAGGUACCAGCUUCAGUAAAGUGCCAGUUAGACAGAUUUGAAAAGAUUUCUUUUUUCCCAAUGGCUCACAUACAUUUUAUUAGUUUUCUUUGAAAAGAUUUCUUAAUGAACCAUUGAUUAAUUUUUAUAUACUCAGUACAUUAACUUUUCUCAUUUUAAAACCUGAUCACCUAGAACAUUACUUAUAGCACUUAAACAGUGCUUUGGUCUUAGAAGGCAUGUAUUAUUGUUAUUUGAUUAAAACAUUAAACUCUACUGUUUAACUGAUCCAUUUAUUUAAAGGUUAAGUAUUUCACAUAUAUGAUAACAUUAUAAUUCCAUUUUUUCAGAUCAGACUUGGGCCAACUUUGUCUACUUAGAACGUGGAAGAAAUAGAUCAGUGAGCAUCAACAAAAGUAAGAAUUUUACUGAUUAAAAAAAUGUUGAAGUUCAUACCCAUUUGAAAUUUCAUAACAAUAAGGUUACUUACUAAGUUUUAUUAUCAGCUUUCCCUUGGGUUUCAUUUUUACAAGCAGUGUGUUACAUACACUGUGAUCAGAAUAACAGAGUAAAGGCCUGGGAGGAAACCUCACUCAGAAGCACCAGUAGUUCCCAGAAUUCGAGAGAUUAUGUUUUGUGGUAAUCGGCAGCCAAGGGUGAUUCAAGAAAUGAGUAGCAUUUAUAAAGUGAAAUGCAAGAAGGAAUGAAUUAGAGUUGGGCAAGCGAGCACACUUGACGAUUAGAGAAGUAGAGGAACAGUGGAUCAGUAGUUAUCAGACCGACCGACUUAAACCAGGAACAUAGAAACUCCAGAGAACAAAGCCAGGUGGGCACCCAGGUAUCUGAGAAGCAGGAGUCAUAGCAACCAAAGAGACAGUUCGUGAUGAACAGGAGAACAAACACACACAUGAUACAUCGAUUCAGAAGCAAUCUCCCUCACAACCAGCCAGACACACUUUAAAUGCUUCUUCCUGUUAGAGCCAAGGCUGAAAGGAGCUUAGGCUUUCUGUGUCCUAUUGGAGGAAGCAGGGAACUGAACUGAAACAUUUUCUAGCUGUACAACAAUGGCAAAUCCUCAGGAACUCACUGAUACAGAUGUGAAACAACAGUAAGAGAGGAAACAAUAACUACAAAACAUAUUAGGCUAAGGCUGCAUAAUUUAGAGAAAAGAAAAAAAAUUACCCCACUCAUAGAAAGUUUGAUAAUUAAGUCACUAAAUAAUUGGCAUUCAUGAUGAUUUUUAGUUAUCAAGGGUUUCAUUGUAUUCAGCUUACUCAGUUUUUAUAAGAUGAUACAUUUUUACAAAGUUUAUGAUGAAAAUGAUUAAAGUGAAAAUAAUUUUGGCAGGUGAAAGAAUUGAGGCUCUUAUUUAUAACAUACAUAUUUACAAAGAAUACCUCCUUUCAUAAUAAGGCAGUAUAGACACUACUGUAAUUUAUACACAUGGUUUAUAUUUUUGGAUUCACCUAAAUGAGUUGGUAUUAUGCUACUUUCAGAAUGUAUUUUUUCAUAGUAUGUAUUUUUCACAAUUUAUAAUGAUUUUUAAGUAAGCUUGAAUCUGUAAGUUGACCUGUGGUGAUUUUUGUACAUAAUUGGAUAUAUGUCUUAAAAUUUAACAUUUGGAUUUUCUUGUACGUAGGAAAUGUAAAAUUUAUACAUGGAAAGAACUCUAUACAAUUGUUUAGCUAUGUAAAUUGGAGGAAAGUACAGAUAAAAUUUUAGCUCUAUUUGCUUUCAAGAUUUUCUUUAUUGUAAAUAAUUAUGUUAGAUGUAUAUAUAUUUUUAAAAAUCAAAUUUUUAUACUAGGUUAAGUGUUUAAUCUUAUUAAAUGACACAUAUUUUGAAAUAUGACUUAUCUCUGUUUAUGAAUACAUGCAUAUUAGAUGGUUGGGAGAGGGAAAAUCACUGUACUUUUGAACUUGGAGAAUGUAAAUUAAUCCAAUGACUUCUGGUAUCUCAAUAGAUGUAUUAAAUUCCAUAUGAAGAGCA